AUGACCAUUAUCAAGCAGCAGGGCUGGAUCUCCGACGAGUAUCAGCAUCUGUGGCGGCGUGACGAGGGUGGCUCUGCCGCUCUGACUUCGCAUGGAAUCCUCAGUGAGAAUGAGCCUCCAGUGGCAUUUGCCUUUACACAGUGCUGAUAGGAUCCACUAGCGUUCAUGCUCCAGACGCCCAGAGAUUCGCGAUCGUUCUGCUCGUUAUCGCUGGUCAAUCGAGAGAAGACGCACUGCGGUGGUCUACUUGUCGCAGAUGACUACUACAGCCUGAAUGCCCUGUUGGCCUCUCAGCAGUAUCUGAACAAACAUCCCAAGGUGCCGCGAGACUUCGCCGUGUUACCCUUCCACAUCUUGGUCCGACAUGUAGAUGAGACGCUUGGCCAGGUCCAGGAGCUGUCGCGGCAUAUCACCUCGACGGAGAAGAGGAUUGCGGAUGGCAAGAUUUCGCUUGAAGACAAUGGUGACUACAAGCUCCUGAACCGACUGAACUUGGAGCAUGUGAGGCUCCAGCGGCGGUCAGAUUUUGAGCUGGAUCUUGCAGCGAAUCUUUUGAAGUAUCUCGAAUCCUAUCUCCGACUUUGGACGCAUCUGUGGGAAGGCGGCACCAGCUACGUCGAUGACAUGCGCGAGAAAGUUGAGCAGCAGAUGCGGUAUUCCGAGCAGGUCCAGAAAGACCUGAGGAUGAUGCCUAGAAGGAUAGACAAUCAGUCGCAAGCGGUAAGUGGUGAGCGCACCUGCAAGCCAAGUUCAUGCUGAUGGGAAUGGCAGCUGUUCAACAUCAUUGCCAUGAGGGACAAUAAGCUGAACAUCUCGCUGGCGGAAAGCUCGAAGAAGAUCGCGGAAGAGAGUCGGCUGGACAAUCUUCUGAGCGUGAAACUGGCGAAAGCGACUGCGGAAGUGGCAGAGCAGACGAGACAAGAUAGUGCGGCGAUGAAGACAAUUGCGGUGCUGACUCUGACCUUUCUUCCUGGGACUGCGGUGGCGGUAAGUCGACUAUGUCUCUCACUUUCCGGGGUGUCACUGACGCUGUGGUUCAGUCUUUCUUUAGCAUGAACGGCAUGUUCAAUUGGGAUCCGUCCGAGGGACAGUCGCUCGCGUCACCGUAUCUGUAUGUGUUCUUCGUGGUCACCGUACCACUGACGGUCCUCGUGUACAUCGGCUGGUGGUGGUGGUUCCGGCGAAUGCAACAACAGUACCAGAAGCAGUACGAAGAUAGCGACUUCGCGACGGUGGAACAAGACCUCAUGCGGCGGAUGAGGACGGCGACGAAUUCGUUUCCGGCGCAGAAGCACGCGACCUCUGGAUGA